AUGAGCGUGAUAACUCGAGAUCUGGAUGGCAAGCUAAGGAUCUACACAAAGGGCGCAGACGCCAUCAUUUUUGCGAGACUGGCUGAAGGGCAGUCACCCGAUGUCACUGAGCAGCAUCUUCAUGAAUUUGCAGUGGAAGGAUUGCGCACUUUUUGUCUUGCCUAUGCAGAUCUUGAUGACGAUGGGUUUCAAGAUUGGCAUCGAAGAUAUCGGCACGCGAAUUCCGAGUUAAUCGAUCGUGAAGAAAAAGUUGCUGCAGUUGUUGACGAAUUCGAACGUGAUCUUACCUUGCUGGGUGCGACUGCUAUCGAAGACAAACUCCAAGAUGGUGUUCUAGAGACUUUAAAGAAGCUGGAACAAGCCAGCAUCAAGGUAUGGGUACUAACCGGGGACAAACAAGAGACAGCCAUUAAUAUUGGGUUGUCAUGCGGCGCCAUUGACGAAGGCAUGGAUGUCGUGAUCAUCAAUGAGGACAAUCUCGAAGAUACAGCUGCGCAGCUUGACCGAGCACUUGGCAGGUGGAGCGCCAUGCGUACAGAUCCAGCAAUGGAACGAAAGCUUGGCCUGGUCAUUGACGGACAAACAUUGCAUUACGCUCUCGAAGAGGAACUCCAGAAACGGUUUAUGAUAAUUGUCGAGCUGGUCCGCCGGCUUGACAAGGACAAAGUUACUUUGGCUAUUGGAGACGGCGCUAAUGAUGUCGGUAUGAUUCAAGCGGCCCAUGUGGGGGUGGGAAUUGUGAGCUUGGAAGGGCAAGAGGCCAAACUGGCCUCAGACUACUCUAUUGGUCAGUUUCGUUUCUUGGGGCGUCUAAUGCUAGUCCAUGGCAGAUGGAGCUACAAACGGCUCUCAAAAAUGGUCUUGUUCACAAUAUACCGAAAUGCGGCGCUGACUCUUUGUGAGAUCUAUUGGGCAUUCUUUUCAGCAUUUUCAGGUCAGCCUCUCUUGGAUCCCUGGAUGGGGGGUCUUUACAAUUUGCUUUUGGAAUCGCUUCCUCCCAUUGUCCUCGGUAUAUUCGAUCAGGAAUUGACUGCCGAAUAUGCGCUUGCGUUCCCUGAAAUCUAUUCAAAGGGGCAAAGAAACACGGCGUACAACUUUCGCGUCUUUUUGAGCUGGAUUCUCUCAGCAAUAUGGCAAUCAGCUGUAGUGUUCUUUGUUUGCUUCUGGGGCUUUGGUGACAUUCCGCAGGCCGGUGGGCAGAUGCUGGGAAUGUGGGCAUUCGGCACAGUCGUAUUCUCGGUAGUGAUUUUCACUGUACAUGUCAUGCUACUUGUGUACCAGAGUUCCUGGACAAAGCUUUUAGCAUCCUUGUUCUUUGUCUCAUUUGCGACAUUUGCAUCAUCUUAUCCUUGAGCUUUGCGUUCUCCUGCUGCAAUUGCUGCACCUGAAGGAUGAAGCCCUUCUUCUCCUCCUCAGUCGUCCUCACGAGCUUUUCCAACAUGUGCACGUACACCUCCUGCGCGUAGCGUGCGGCGGCGGCCGAGUCCUGGUUCAUCUUCAGACGGCGUGUGUACUUCUCACGCGGCGUCAUCGAGGUAUCACCCUUCUUUCGGCGCUUCAUGCGGUCAAACUCGCCCUUGGCCAUGUGCUCGUUCUUCUUCAUCUCCUUGAAGGCCUCACGGGCCUUUUCCUUGCACAGGUCUGCGUACGGGAUGCCGCCCAUCUGCAUGACGAUGUGCGGCUCGAUGGGCGGGGAGUCAUCCAGCUCGUAGGUGGCGGUGGGCUUCUGGACCGGCUUGAUGUCGAUGGGCAGCGGCGGGCGGCGGUCCGUCGGGUGCAUGGGCUGCGGCGGGAAGGAGUGGGCGGAGACGACAGGGUGGCGGGCGUAUUGCUGGGCGUGCGGGUCAUGGGAGAGGUGGUGCACUCGUAUUGUUGAUAGUGUAAGUUUCCCUUUCUUGUCUCUGGUGCGGCUGAAAUGCAGCCGGAGCGAUUCUUUCUGUCACUGUUUCAUAGCCUUUUUCAUCUAGCGAUGUGGCGCUCACUCCGACGACAUUGCAGGACUCAUGAGUAAUGUAGCUGCCUGGUUUGCGUAUUAAAAUGUUCUUGGAACAACCAAAUACUUGUGCGGACAUCACAGCCUGCCCUCUGCAGUCCGGAUCCUCAUUCAUUGUCCAGCAAGGUCACCAUAUGGGAAUCACUCCUAUUGGCCUAGUGUAUUGGUCAGAACGCUUUCCGCCAAUCAACAGGUGUCGAAGGUGGCCAUUGUAUCUCUCGGCAAGCUGUCCUCGUCAUUAUCAUGUCCCUACGAAGUACUGUAUUUGCAGCGAAACUGAUAAUUCCACGUCGUUCGCUGAUGCGCCGUGGAUAUCGCUCAUAUGGCUCGACCGUAUGACAUGUAUAUACGGGUUCUGUGAAGAGACUUUACAUUAUUGAGGAACUCUUCCUCGCUUGCUUCCGCUCAAACGGCGUCCUCCAUCGCUUGGAUGCACAUGCUUAACAAGACAUCGGAGCUGUUAAACUUGCAUGGUAUCAGACUUGUACAGGCUCCCAUUUACACAAUCUAUGAUGAACAAUUUGGAAAAGGAAGAAAGUCUAUCUGUCCA